AUGCAGCAUCAUUUGGACAUGGGGGCUCACUACUAUCCUCCGGACCUCCACGCCGACCACAGGACUCAUCGCUACAGGAGUUUUAUGAUAGAGGAGAUCCUGACCGAUCACCCCGAGCACAAGGUGUCGGCUCCGGCCGGGGAGUUCCUCAAGUUCGGGGUCCAUGCUCUGCUGUCCGCCCGGCCUUACCACAACCAGCUGGUGCUGAAAGCCGAGCAGACGAGCCUGCUCAAGUUCCCCAUGUCCCCGCUGUCCUGCUCGCUGGGCUCGGCGCUCGGCCCCCCGCUGCUGGCCGGGCCUCCGGGCCUGCAGCUCGGCGCGGCGUCCCACCACCUGCCGCUGGACCUGCACCUCCGCGGGAAGCUGGAGCUCGGAGGCGACGGAGGCAGCAAAGCCAAGAAGGGCCGCCGGAGCCGCACCGUGUUCACCGAGCUGCAGCUCAUGGGCCUGGAGAAGCGCUUCGAGAAGCAGAAGUAUCUGUCCACCCCAGAUAGAAUAGACCUCGCCGAGUCUCUGGGUCUCAGUCAGCUGCAGGUGAAAACAUGGUACCAGAACAGACGCAUGAAGUGGAAGAAAAUUGUGCUGCAGGGAGGAGGCCUGGAGUCACCGACCAAACCCAAGGGCCGUCCGAAGAAGAACUCCAUCCCGAGCAGCGAGCAGCUCUCCGAGCAGGAGCGAUCUGCGGCUGACGCUGAGCAUCAGUCUGAAGGUUCCAGCUCCCACUUAGACAGCACUCAGGAGGAAUGA